AUGACUCCUCCUCCAUAUCCAGUGGACAACGAAAAUUCGAAAUCGAAUAAUGGCGAAUCUUCUUUUGUUUAUAUUGCCAAAGGACCCAGGCACUCGAUUGGGAUAGAUGGAAAUGGUGCUGCUUAUUCCUGGGGGAAAUCCAAUGCAGUCGGUCAAUUGGGACGUCCAACCAACUCUGAAGAUUCCCCAAAGAAAGAACCGUGUCGAAUAGUACUACCCAUCAAGAAUGCAAAUGGACGCAUCGUCAAGGCUUAUGUCAGCCAUGGCUGUGAUAAGGAUACUGGCCAUUCCGCAUUAUUGAUUGAACAGACAUCAGCUACCGCCAGUGGUAAGCAACAGACUCAGCAAUUGUGGACGGUUGGUUGCGAUCGCUGGCAGCAGUUGGGUUUGGGAUCUUCGGAGGGUGGUUCUACUGGCUACACCUGGAAGGGGGGCAAACUAUGGCACGAGCGAUUUACUCCUUCUAUCCAUGUGACUGAUCUGAUAGCCAAAAAGGAUCCACAGGCUCGGCUCGUAGAUGUGGCAUUGGGUGGUGACCAUACGCUGGUACUUGCCAACAAUGGAAAUGUCUACGGGUUUGGCAAGGGUGGCGAUGGACAGUUGGGACUCGUAGGCAAGCCUUUUGUUUCUGCUCCCGUCAAAUCCAAAACAUUGUCUUCGCCGUUGGCUAAGGCUGUCUGCGCCUUUCGAGCUUGCUCUGUCGCGUUGGAUGAAAACGGCAAGAGCCUUGCCAAGGCUGGUACCUGCUCCUCGCUGCCGUCCGAUUGGUUGUCCAAGUGCAUCCAGACAAAAGAAAAGGAAGGUCUUAUCUCAUUGCCUGGAAGAUGA